AACCAGAUACUAUACAUGAAUAAAAUCAAGCCAAACUCCUGUACAAUAGCUAGAGCAAAGAGUACAGGAUAUAGUUCUCAGCAUUGUAGUGCACCAGUUCCAGAGACAAAGUCCAAUGUCCCACUGAGAUACUCCAGCGCUUUGUGUCCUAUUGUCUAUCAACCAGCAUCUGAAGAAGGGUCUCGACCCGAAACACCACCCAUUCAUUCUCUCCAGAGAUGCUGCUUGUCCCGCUGAAUUACUCCAGUUUUUUGGGUCUGAAUUACUCCAGUUCUUUGUUUGAACAUAAUCAUAGAAAGAGAUACAAGGAACUGCAGAUGCUGGUUUGCAUAAAAAGAGACAAUGUGCUGGAGUAACUCAGUGGGUCAGGCAGCAUCACCAGAGAAAAAGGAUGUGUGAUGUUUUUCGAUUGACCUAUUCCUCAGACUUCGUGGGUCUUGUACAACAAGUCUAAGCUAGCAUUCGUUUGGGUUUAGUUUAGUUUAGAGAUAUAGCACGGGAACAGGCCCUUCAUCCCACCCAGUCCGCGCCGACCAGCGACCCCCACAAACUAGCACUAUCCUACACACUAGGGACAAUUUACAAUCAUACCAAAGGCAAUUAACCUACAAACCUGGAUGUCUGUGGAGUGUGGGAGGAAACCGGAGCACCCGGAGAAAACCCACGCAGGUCACAGGGAGAACAUACGAACUCUGUACAAACAACAGCCCUGGUCAGCAAGGGAUGAGAUCCACGCUGUUAUUAGUGAAUAUAAUGUCAUAGAUCAUAGGAGCAGAAUUCGGCCAUUCAGCCCAUCGAGUCUACACCGCCAUUCAAUCAUGGCUGAUCUAUCUCUCCCUCAAAACCCCAUUCUCCUGCCUUCUCCCUAUAACACCUGACCCCAGCAGCGAGGAGCAACCUGAUCACAUCUCUCUCUCUCUCUCUCCACUCAAGGAUGGUACUAAUGAAGAAUUCGUCAACCUCUGCCUUGCAAACCCAAUGACUUAACCUCCACAGCCUUCUGUGGCAAUGAAUUCCACAUUUUCACCACCCCCUCAUCUCCUUUCUAGAUGUACGUCCUACGACUGAGGCUGUGCCCUCUAAUCCAAGAUUUAUAAUUGGAACAGGGAAAGGUAAACAGUGGAUAGACACAAAAAGCUGGAGUAACUCAGCGGGACAGGCAGUAUCUCUGGAGAGAAGGAAUGGGUGACGUUUCGGGUCGAGACCCUUCUCCAGAUCCAUUCCUCCCCUCCAGAUGCUGCCUGUCCCGCUGAGUUACUGAAGUUUUUUGUGUCUAUCUUCAGUUUAAACCGGCAUCUGCAGUUCCUUCCUACACAAGGUAAACAGUGGGAUCUGAAGCAAGGUUGUACUCGAUACGUUAUAUCCAGUAACAAUCAUUGGGUGGAGAGAGAGGGAGAGGGAGAGAGGAGAGCUGUUGUUCCGCGCUGCUGCAGGCAGCUUGUUCUCCAUCUCCUGCUUAAAGGGGACGGUGUCCUGUGCAAUUGUUAUUUUCUGCCGGCGGAAAAGCAACCUGCAGUGUUCCUUUAACCUUGAUAAUCCAGGGGGGAGGGAGCUGGUUGUAAUGGUUGGAUCAUGGCGGCUGCCUUGAGGCGGGAUCUGUUACCUGGGCUCUGGUCUUAUGGAGUUUGCGAGGACGGCCGCAUCUUUUUCAUUGACGACCAAACGCGGAGCACGACUUGGCUGCAUCCCAGAACCUCUCUCCCUGUCAACACGGGCCACAUGACUCUCUCAGAUUUACCUCUGGGAUGGGAGGAAGCCUUCACUGAAGAAGGAGCCAGCUACUUCAUAAAUCAUAAUCAUCGGCAGACGUCAUUUCGACAUCCACUGACUGGGCAGAUUUCUCCAGACAACAUUGAGUACAUACUAACGGAGCAACCAGGGGUCCACAUGUCGCAGCAUCAGACCGCCCAAAGGCCGUACAGUAUGGUUAGUGAGGCUUCCACAGGAGGGACCACAUCUGCGCUUGGAAUCACUCCCAUUUCAAAGGUUUUGAAGUCAAGCGGAAAAGUCCACAACUUUGGCAAGAGGGAGCAGUCUAUAAAGAGGAACCCAAACGCACCAGUCGUUGUGAGAGGCUGGCUUUACAAACAGGAUAGUUCAGGAAUGAGACUGUGGAAGAGGCGGUGGUUUGCACUCUCAGAACAUUGCCUGUUCUAUUACAAAGACAGCAGAGAAGAGACUGUGUUGGGGAGUAUACCAUUGCCCAGUUAUGUUACCUCACCCGUUGAUCCCACUGAUCACAUCAGCCGCAAAUAUGCUUUCAAGGCCACCCACACAGGUAUGCGGACUUACAUUUACAAUCAGAACUCUAUUAUUGGCUCGCAGGCAGACCACACUGGCAUGAGAACGUAUUACUUCAGUGCUGAUACUCAAGAGGAUAUGAAUGGCUGGAUCAGAGCCAUGAACCAAGCUGCCCUGAUGCAAGCAAACACCACAAAGAGAGAGACAGAAAAUGGUGAAGGACCUCAUCUUCUUCAAAGCAACCACAUCAACUCGCAUAAAGGCUCGGGCAAGCUUGAGGUCCAUCAGGUCCAUCAGAGCAGAGUGCACGGCCAGAGAACAGACCAAUUUGGGUUUGAGAAGCGCGAAGAAGUGACGAGAGGGAGGAAUGACGAGGAGAGGUACAGCUUCCAUCAAGCCCCUGUGGAGAUACCCAUCAGGAAAGGGAAUAGCAGGAUGCACGAGAGUUUGCCAGAGAGCGACAUGUUUACUGAGCGCCACGCCUCGUCUCGACCACUGCGCAAUGGCACGCUGCAGCCGCCUGUGCCGGGCACUGCCGACCACAACGGUGCCCCGGUGUACCGGAGGGAUGUUGUGGGCCCAGCCGGCACGGAGAAUGCCCAGCGGAAAAGUUCACUGGUGCAGGUGCAGCACUGGGUGAAGUCACACAAAGGAGAUGAUAGAAGCCUCCCAUCCACCCAAACUCUUCCACACAGAGCAGUAAACCCAGCUCAGCCUUACUCCGAGAGUUAUCAAACUCUGCCAAAGAAUGUCGGGCAGCCUUUGGAGAGCUCCCCUCCCUUGCUUCGCCACCUGCCCAGUGACUACAAGUAUGCUCAGGACCGCGUUAGCCACUUGAGGAUGACACAGGAAGACCGGCGUGUCAACAAGGAGGGCAUGGUGUGGCAGCUGUACGAGUGGCAGCAGAGGCAACAUUUCAAGCACGGCAGCCCCACUGCCCCAGUCUACUCCACCCAACUCCACCCUGGGAUACCAAAGUCUGCCUCCGAUGUUCCUCGAUCAAUCUCCGUGCCCCCGUCUCCCUCUGAUCUCCCACCACCCCCACCCCCCAAAACCCUGUCCCCCCGAAGACCCCACACCCCUGCGGACAGGGUCACUGUGAAGCCCUCGAAACACCGGUCCUCUGAUAUCUUCCUGGCAGCAUCACCCAGGGGAGAACACGGCCUUUUGACAAAGAAUUCAGCUCACGUAGACAGGCGUUCCAUGCCUCCCAUGGGUUAUAUGACACACACUGUCAGUGCCCCAAGCCUGCAUGGAAAGACCGCUGAUGAUACGUACAUGCAACUGAAGAAGAACCUGGAAUAUCUGGAUCUCAAGGUGACUGGACAGGAACCAAUAAGGCGUGCGAUGAAGCCCGUUAAAAUUGCAGAAAGUAGCGCUGAUGCUAAGUUGACCCGGCUCUGUGAUCGGGACAAGAGUCUUCAAGACCUGGAGACCAAGGUUCGGCAGCUGAAGAUAGAUAAGGACAAACUUGAGUCGGUGCUGGAGGUGACUCAUCGACAACUGGACCAAUACAAAGGACAGCCCAACCACACCGAGAAGAUAGCGUAUCAGCAGAGGCUGCUGCAGGAAGACCUGGUGCACAUCAGAGCUGCAAUCUCCAAAGUCUGCACAGAGCUGGAGAAUGCGUGGAAGGAAUAUGAACAAACGGAAAGUGAUGUGAACCAGCUCAGAGAGACAAUCGUAGGACAAAUGAAGAGGGUUCCAAGCCUCCAGGAUCAAGAACAGAUGAGAAAGGAUCUGUGGAGGAUUGAGGAUGUCAUGGGAGGCCUCAGCGCAAACAAGAACAACUACCGAAUGAUUAUUGAAUCCUUUCAGAACCCUGAGAGAGAACCUGUGCCUUCCUCAACAGUGCCUUCCACGUUCAGUAUUGCUGCAAUGCCGGAGAGGAAGCCUGCCACGUGGCCAAGUCCCCCCCUCAGUCCCGUGCUGCCUUUUGUCAACGCUGCCGAACCACGGGCUCAGCCCCAAACACGACCUCAGCUGUACAACGCUCCUGCUCAGCCUCAAACCCUGCCUCCGUUCACCCCCAAUCCAAGUUUGCUGGAGGAGGCAGCCCCUCCUCGCCCCCCUCUGCCCCACCUGUACAGCCCUGAGGACCACCCCCCGGCUGUGCCACCUCUCCCGCGGGACGCCACCGUCAUCAGGCACACGUCCGUGCGCGGGCUCAAGCGGCAGUCCGACGAGAGGAAGAGAGACCGCGAGUAUGGGAGCUACGUGGUAGCAGUGACACGCCGUAGAGCUGCCGAGCUGCGUUCGUACGUGAGUGACCCUGAGCUGGUGUCAGUUGGAAGUGGCCUCAAUGGAAUCCCAGCCGGAGCCUUAAGACUGGACAGUAACCUGCAGACACUGCCUGGUAGAGGGAUGUCCUCAUCGAACUCAGGGCUGCAACAGUUAUCCACCAUUGCCUCUUACGUCACACUACGGCGCAGAAACAAUGAACCCAACUCUAAGGUGCGACCAAAGAGUGCCUUGGAGAGUCUGUAUGGAGAACACCAAAGAGGGCGGAUGAGUGCAGAGGAGCAAUUGGAAAGGAUGAAGAGACAUCAGAAAGCCUUGGUCCGUGAGCGCAAGAGGACCUUGAGCCUCGGAGAACGACACUCCACGUCAUCCCAAACUGUGCCCAGGCCUUUCUCUGCUGAUGUUGGCUCAUGGAAACGUGAGCAAGACUUUGACAUGCAGUUGCUGGAGAAAGCGGUGAGAGGGGAGCACGGCGGCGUUCAGGAUGGAUGUAUAAAGUUAACGGGGCCGGUGGAGGCGGAUGUGGAGCCACUGGACUACAACCUGGAUCUCAGCAAAGAGCUAUCCAAGCCAGACAUGGUCCUUAUCCCAGAGCGGUACAUCGACAUGGAGCCCGAGGAACCCCUCUCCUACGAGGAAUGUGAAGCACGACGGCGCAAGGUGCAGAAAAUCAAAAACAUUCUCGCUAAAUCAAGUUUUCAGAAUAUGCAGACAGGAGUUAACGUCCGAGAGAGCUCAGUCGAUCUGGAUUCACAUCUGCAGGAACAGGAGCGGAUUAUCACCAUGUCGUAUGCAUUGGCAUCUGAAGCUUCUCAGCGCAGUAAAGUGGUAGCAGCACAUCAGCAGCUCCGUGCAUCAUCUGCACCUUCCCCUCCACACUCACCACUAAGCAAUGGAUUCCACUACACAUUUGUCUGAGCAAACCAAAACCCUGGCUGAACACGAAUACUGAAAGGGCACAUGUAUGGGACGAGGAAGAAUGUGGCCACAACUGCAGAGCUGAUCUGAAGAACAGCAACAAGUCAUUCCAGUUGAUCUGCACCAGCUAACCAGGCGGAAAUGGAAGUGACUUUGUCAACUGGCUUUUUGUACGGAAACGAAACAGAGACAAUAUUUUCAUUAAGAGGCAUUAUAAUCGGGAUAGUAUUGACACUGAAUUAUGGAAUGGUUAUUUAAUUAGGAAGCUAUUUUUCUAAAAAGUUAAAACAUUUAUGGAAGGGAGAUGUUUGGGAGACUCACAUUGGAAACUAAAGUUUUACUCAGCACAGCAGAGAUGUGUGCAGUAGGAUUAAUUUUUUUAAGUAUAUAUAUAUAUAUAUAGUAUUGCACAUUUUAAAAUGUAUAUGACAUGUACACAUACACCGGCACACGCACAAACACCACGAAAAAUUGAUUUGCUGCAUUUUAGAGCAAUGAUAUGCAAUUAUUCAAAACAGUUUUGAAGUGGAGGUGAAAUGCGUUUCCUUUUCUUAGUUUUCAGUUCCAAUGUUUUUUAACAAUGACGACAAAUUCUUUCAAAGGACAAACGCCCGAGCCCUCUUGUCAUUUACAUUAAAGCUCCUGUCUAUUUUUGAAUCUAAAAUCAAAAUGCGAUGUUCCUACCAUUUUUGGAUCGAUUUUAAAAAUAAAUGUAUUUUGUCUGAAUCGAGCACUGCCAGUAUGAUCUUGUCUUGCCAAAACCAAAUAGAUGCUAUUGUAAUUGCCAUAGACACUUGCAGAGUGAAAAGCACAGCAGAAAAGGAAAAAACAAAUUAUUUUGGAAAAUGGAGUGUAGAAACAAUUUUGAGAUCUGUGGAGAAGUGUUGAAUAAUGUAAAUAUGAAUAAAAAGAUUCAACUAACAA